AUGCGACAGUACUAUCUUAUGGUUGAAGUGAUUGAAGCGUCGUCAGAAACUCUCAGGAAGAGUAUGCAGAAGGCUAAAGAUCUUGAUCAGGUUAUCGAUGCGCACAACAAGUUUCUCUCCGAGGUAGUCACGAACUCACUGCUGGGCGAUGUCACCUCAGAACUGUUUGCCAUGAUAAAGACGAUAGCGGGUAAUAUCCUAGGCUUCUGCCAGUUCCUCGAGAACUUCAGAGCCGUCGCCACACAAGAACAUACCACGCGACAACAAGCUGAGACCGACCGAAUCGAGCGAGGCAGCCGUGGCGAAUGGGCCACGUCACGCAAAGACACCGCUGCCGAAGAGGAAAAAAUGGCCGUGUUUAGUCAGGACAUUAAGCGAUUCAGUUCAAAAGUCAGUCGAUUCAACAACAACUUCAGGAGCCGUGCUAAGAUUUUAGUGGAAUUGCUGAACGAGAGUCAGUCGCCCAGCAUGCGCAGCCUUGCCACCCGUCUAGAUUUCUCUGGGUACUUCUCAUCGGUCAAACAGUCGGCUGACGGCUUCCAGAGCUAUAGUGAUGCUCAAUAA